AAUGAGGAAGAAAAUAGAGAAAACAAAAAAAAGUAUUUAUUCAUAUUAAACAUUAGAACCUUGGACUGAUUAUGAGGAUUCAUAAGUUAUGCAGUUAGUUGAAUUGUAUGGUCCACAUAAAUGGACUUUUAUUGCAUCCAAAUUACCAGGAAGGAUUGGAAAAUAAUGCAGAGAAAGGUAGUCAUUCUUAUUUGAUAAUAUGAAUAGAUGGCAUAAUCAUUUGAAUCCAUUAAUUAAGAAAUCACCUUGGGAUUAUGAUGAAGAAUGGAUUCUAUUUCUAUAUCAUAAAGCAAUUAGUAACAAAUGGGCAGAAAUAGCUAAACAUUUAGAAGGAAGAACUGAUAAUGCAAUUAAAAAUCAUUGGAAUUCAGGUAUGAAAAAGAGAAUUUCAGAAUUCAAUGAAAAACUAUAGAAUAUUAAAUAAUAGUUUAUACUUAAAGGGUUGUAUCUUAUAAUUUUAUGAAGAAAGACCUUCUUAUUUUGAUCAGUUUCAGAUUGAAUUUGAAAAAAAGGCCCUUGAGAUCAUAUUUUUAAAUAAAACCUAUGUUAGUUUGUUAACAGAUUCAGAAGAAGAAAUUGAAGAACCUAAGAAAUUACCUGUUGUUUAGAGUAGAGAGAGUACUGCAUUAAGGAAAUAACAUUAUGUAAUUUUAAUUUUUAAUGAAAGAAUGAUUCAAAAAUAAGAACAAUUAUAAAACAUCCUAGAAGAAAUAGAAUGCAUAAAAAAUACCUACUUUUCAAAAAGUAAUAAAAAGAUAAUGUUAAUACAAAUAAAUAACAUAUUUUAUAAUGGACUUAAACUCCUUAGAAAUAUGAAAAGUAAAUAAUAUAUUUAUUUUAAGUGAUGAUUAUAAUUAUACACCUGCUGCAUUCAAUAAAUAAAGAAGAUUAAGUCAUAGUAGUUUUAAAUAUAGUUAACAUUAAAGCUAUGUAUAAAAAUAUAUUAAUAAAUAUAGAUGAAUGAAUCUUUUAUGGAAAGAGAGGAGCUCAAAUAGAAUCUAUUUCUUUGA